AUGGCCAGGAUCAUGACUUCAGUGCUGUGGCUGACUGCUCUGGUCUCACUCCAGGAGUUCUCUAACACGAUGACUGAGGCACAGAAUGUAAGCGUCUUAUCUCCUGAAACUGUAACAGACUCCUACGGUAAUUCGGCGGAUGAGUCAAGCAACAUAAAGUUUGUAGACGCUACAGUCAACCAUAGGUAUAAAUCCGAAGACAGUGCCCAGGACGACUUUGGUUCACUCAAACCACUAUAUGGUCUCUCCUCGAGCCUGGUUCGUACAUCGCUGCCAGGGGAAUUUCCUUAUGAAUGGAUCGCUAAGGUGAAGGAGAACAAGAUCGACCUAGCAAACGACUGGAAGAAGGCAGCGGUGGAUUAUUUGGGGUACACCAUUGCUCUGGUUGUCGGCAUUGUCUUCUUCGUGCUUUUCCCCAUCGUGGGCAUGUGCUUUUGCUGCUGCCGCUGCUGUGGAAGAUGUGGCGGUAGACGAGUCAUCAAAGUUGCUACAGAAGCCGGCCACGGGGACACAUGCGGUCGCCUGACUGCUCUAAGUUUUCUUUCAGCAUUCACAACAAUGGCUCUUGUUGGGUCCAUCUUGAUGUUUGUGACAAACAGCAACUUGUCGACAUCAUUGAAGGAUUUCUGCAACAACGAUAUCGAUAAAUUAGAUGAUGUCAGCGGAUUUUUAAAUUCUACUGUACAACAAGCUGAGCAGCUGGUACAGGUGAAUUUCAAUUUCACCUUGGCGGUACUUUUCCGAGACUUAGACAACAUUGGCUAUCUCUUGGGCAAACCUGUACAUGAUCACGUUCUCGAGUACACGGGACUGGCUGAUACUUACAGACAGAUCGAGGCUCUGGAGACAGAUGCAAUAAUUAUCAACCAGAAUCUGAAAACACUGAACGACAGCAGAGUAAUUGUAGUUGACAAAGCUAAAGAGUUUCACAACUUCACAGUGUCCAUGAGUCAAACUCUGGAUGACAUGGCAAAAAAAUACCCAAACUUUCAAGCAGGCGUUUCCAACAGAACAAUUGUAACACAGUUUGACGCCCCACAGCUGCCUGAUGAACAAAAAAACCUCACAGCUGUUAGUACAUUUGUUCAACUGGGGAUUAGCUCACUGACCGCCGAGUCGAAGGCGAAACUCAAUGAAAUUCCGGAGAAAGUACAAACGCAGACUUCCCAACAGAGAAAAGACUUAAAGAAGGAUGUGCAGAAAUAUGAGGACGAAAUUACAAAAAUCAUUGACAAUCUGAAGAACAUGCAGACAGACGUCAUGAAAGGCGUGGAUAUUGACAAAAUGAAAGCAAACGUGAAAGAUAUUACAGACUAUGUUCUUCAGUAUGAACAAUACAGAUGGUAUGGAGGAUUAGCCAUGGCCGGAAUUCUGAUGCUCGUUGCACUUCUACUAUCACUUGGCAUCUUGUUUGGCUUCUUUGGAGGCAAUCCCGCAGAUGAUCCCACAGAAAGAAGUGCGAUGUCUAACGCUGGAGGCAACUUGCUAGUAACGGCGGUUAUAUUAACCUUCAUCUUUGCGUGGCUGACUAUGCUUGUGACAACUGUCUUGUUUGCUGGUGGUGCCCCUGCUGAUAAAUUUGCCUGUGGAGCGGUGCGAGAUCUCAGUAUCUUUGAUAAGCUUCUCAGUGAUUACAACUUGCUUGGGGACAGUGGUAAGAAUGAAUCCUGGCUUGGGAGCAAGAUCUACGCUGGCAAACAAGUGUCCCUUAAACUGUCUGAGCUAAUGGAAUCUUGCAAAAACAGUGAAGCCGCAUACUCCGCGUUGAAAAUGGAAGAGGCCAACAUCUUGAAUCUGUCUGAAGCCACAGACUACAAGAAGAAAUUCAGCAUUGAAGGCAAAAUUGAUGGAAAAAGCAUUGAUUUUGGAUCGAUCAACAUCACCACUGGUCAAAUGAUGGCGUUCAUUGAUUUCAUGGGAGCUUUUGACAUGAACUAUGCUGCAUACAAUAAAACGUUUCAAAUCGACCCUGUUGCACCAAGUACACGUGUGUUGGAAUCACUUAUCAGUUUCAACGAAACUCAGAAACCUGGUCCUCCUUUACAGGGUGAACUGGAAAAAGUAAUCACUGAGUUUCAAAGAAACCUCAGUUCUGAUGGAAAACUACUGCAGACCCAUAUCGAAAGGAUGAAGGACGCAGUAAAUCGCAUAAAAGUGGCUACGAAAGAGCCGCCAAGCAAAACACUCAGCAACAAAUGCGAUACACUUAAACGCUCACUAAAAGAUGUUGAACUGAAUAUGUCCACCAACGCUUUGAUUGCCUUCAAUAAGUCCGUGAAGACCUUUGAGAAUCGACUCAUGAGUAUUCUGGACACGUUUGUUUCUGUACUAGAGAAUGCUGUAAAGAAGAAGAUAGGCAUCUGCAGACCAUUGUGGAACAUCUACAAUGAUGUAGCGGUCCAAGGAAUAUGCCAUUCGGUCGUUGAAACAUUGAACACUUGGUGGUGUACUAUUGGCUGGACUUCGUUUUUUCUAGUCAUGUCCAUCUGUGCAGCUGUGAAAUUAUCAAAACAUUUUCGCAGAAUGAGAUAUUUUGUUAACAAGAGUGGCAAUAACUUUAACAAGAAAGCACCAAGCAAAACACAUCAUUUUAAGAACAAGAUUUGCCAAGCCGACCUGCCAUAUGAAAAAUAUUAA